AUGUCAGGUCCUCGUCAAAAUAUGCAUCAACAGCGAGGAAGUAAUAAUAAUAAUAAUUAUAUGUCGAUGAACAAUCGUAAUAACAGUAAUACAAAUAAUAUGGGAGGUUAUAGUAGUGGACAAGGUGUGAAACGAAUGCGUGGUGAUGAUUCGCGUAGCGAUAGUUUGAGUGCACCUCAUCGUAUGAAGUGGGAUUCACUUGAAGAGGAUCAUAAUGUGAAAUUUUUAGAAAGAAAUGAUAUUGAUCAACGAUCCGAAGCUCAUGGUCAAUUCACAAAUAUAACAUUGAACGAAACAGCCGUACUCUGUUUUACAGUUCAAAAUGCUAAAUAUCCAAUCACUCUUGAUGUUAUGCGGAAGAUUUGUGCGAUCACUGGACAAGUAUUACGUAUCUGUAUAUUACGUAAACGUAUUCUUCAAGUUUUGAUUGAAUUUGAUUCUAUGGACACAGCAAGAAAAGUAAAAGAUGAGCUUGAUGGUGCUGAUAUUUAUUCUGGUUGUUGUACACUGAAAAUUGAAUUUGCCAAUCUUAAACAUCUUGUCGUACGUGGUAAUGAUCAAGACAAUCUCGAUUUAACAGUUGAUGAAAACAGAUAUGCUCGUCGUAAAACUUUAUUAUCGUCUCCACCACGAGUUGACCGUUUCGAACCACCUAUACUUGGCAAUGAAUCUUUUGCAUCGAAUACAAGAUUUCCAUCAGCAGCAUUACAACCAGAAUUGGAUCGAUUUUUAAGUCGAAGUUCAUCAUCGUUUGCAUCAACUCAUGAUCGACCAUCAUCACGCGAUGAACCCGGAAGUUUUCAUCAACAACAACAACAACAACAACAACAACCACAACAACUAUUUAGUAAUAAUCCACAUUUGAUUGCUCAACAAUUGGACACAUUUGAUCAUCCACAACGUCUACUACCAUAUUCAGUUGGAUCCAAUCGUUUUCGUGAAGCAUCACCACCAUCAUCGUCAAACCCAAUAGAAAAAUCGGAUUGUUGUGUAUUCAAUGUUGAAGGUUUAUCUUCACCUAGUUGGAAUUGUGAGAGAUUAUUUAAUUUACUUUGUCUCUAUGGCAAUGUUUUACGUGUUAAAUUUUUAAAAUCGAAAGAAGGUGGUGCUAUGAUACAAAUGAAUCAUUGUGAAAAUCUUCGACAACAUUUAAAAAGUCUCAAUUCAACAUUUAUUUUUGGACAAACAUUUAUUAUUGUCCCUUCACGACAACUUGAAAUUCAACACAUGACUCGGCCAUUUCCAUUAGAAAAUGGUGAACCAUCUUAUAUGGAAUUUGAUACUAAUCGUAAUAAUCGAUAUUUAACAAGUGAUCAAGCAAUUAAAAAUCGACCCGUUGCACCAUCGCAUGUUUUAUAUUAUUUUAAUACACCACCGAAUAUGCUUGAAGUUGAUAUCGUACGAUUUUUUGAAGAUCUUGGUGCAAAACGACCAGUUAAAGUGAAGAAUUUUCCACCAAGAAAGGAGUCACAUCAUGAUCGCAAUCGUCGAGGAAAUAAUCAACCAAAAGGUGUUACUGGUCUAGCUGAAUUUCGAACAAUUACGGAUGCUUGCGAAUGCUUAAUUUUAGCAAAUAAUUAUCCAAUACCUCAUCAAUCAUCUAAUUGGCCAUUUUUUUUCAAGUUAACAUUUUCCGCAACACCCAUUACCGAUGAAGAUGCACAACUUGGAGAAGAAAUGGAUACUAGUUUAGCUACAGUAACAAUUGAAAAUGGCCGCCGACAUCAUCGUGAAAAAUCUCCAGAUGAUGGUAAACGAAAUGGAAGUUCUAGUGAACAUCGUCGACGUCGUCACAGUAGCCCACCAGCAUAG